AGUAAUGUCAGAAUAUUCUUUGGAUUCUUUAGAGAACGUUAAGGAUGAUUGCUUGGAGAAACGUAUCUCUAUCAAUAGUGAUAAUAAUAAUAACCUGGGAACAGUCAAAUCCGAUGACAGAUCCGUCAAGAAUGCUUUAUUUCAACUGAAUUCUUUAUUAACAGCAUCACUCCAGAUUAAAGACAAUACGACGGGGGCCAAGUGCACCGUACGUGAGGACAGGUGCACGAGCACAACCGGCGGCAGGAAUUCGAUAAUUACGAACGGAGGAGGAUUCGCCCGACGACAACAGGAAUGCCGCGCGACUCGGGAAGAACCGUGGCUUUGCAUAAGAAAGAGGGACGACGUCGGGGAACGGCAUACGGGAGAAGGCGAUGCGAGUCGUCGUCGUUGUCGCCGUACGUCAAGACCGACGACGAUGGCAACGUCGACGACGACGACGACGACGACGACGACGACGACGACGGAGCGACGUCCCCCGGGGGUGCGAAAUUCUUCGUCAAAAUGUCUGCGCGACAGCGGGGGCGGUAUGAGAGCCGACAAAAAACUCGGCAACGUUCUCGUACCAUGGAUCCGGGGACCGGCCAGGACCACCUCGUAUUCGGAGCUUCACCGUCGUAGAUUCAACAUCUCGAGGUACCCGCGUAUCCAGUCCCCGGAGGGUUCCACCCUGUCGAUUUGCGGCGACAGUCAGCUCGAGGAGCUCAGCCUGGACGAGGGUCGCUCGUCCCUUCCGGGCACCUCGAGGGACGACAGCAGCGAGCUUAGCUUCUAUCGUCGCUUUGUCGAAGAUCACGCCGCAUGUGUGACGUGUACUAGACGAUCCUGCGAGAUAUUACGUCGUGAAAUAACUUCGAGCACCGUGUCACCGGGAGCGCAACGCGAGCGUAGCGUAUCGGACGGCAAACUGAAGAAACCGACGUAUCGUCCGUAUACUAUCGAAGAGUAUAGGAGCCUAUCGGUGCCGAGACCUGAUCGAUCUCUGGGUCCUGAUAAAGAUGAGAUCCAGAUAAAGAGAGAAUGGCUGAUGCGCCGGAGAUCGUACGGGGACUCGGUUAGCGCGCGCAAUCGCGAGCAGAUACUGCAGCGUACGAGAAGAUUCAAGUCGAGACGCGCCAUCGCUCAAAAAUGUUUCUUGCCCCCUUUGAAGGAUUGGGACGCCGCCGCAUCAAAGAACUGUGAAAGUUCGAGGAUCCUCGAGACGAAUAGCGUGACGCAGGAGAGUCUCUUGAAAUGUUCUGUCAUGUGCCCGAAGGAAAGAAUCGCCGCGGACGAAAUGUCGCCGCCGUUCCAAAAGAGUGAAACGCUCGAGAAAAUGUCGAAUUUCGGCUCGUCUCUCGUUUUACGUACGUCCCGCGAGGACCAGUAUUUAGAGGCGAUGCAACAGCGUCAUUUGCAGGAAAAAGAAUUGGCGGAUCGUCUUAUGCGUCAAGCAUUAAAUGAUCGAGACUGCUUCGUAUAAGAAAAAAAAAACAGGGCGGCGUAAAUGUCUUUCCAAAUAUAAUUUUUUAAUGUUCACUUUCGUGACUGAUACUAUUCUAUCUGACCAUCUAUUUUUAUAAUUAUUUAUCGAUGUUUUGCUUUUCGUCACAUUACCAUGUGUUCGUUUGCUAUAUCUGCUUGUUUACGCCUACUUCACACCCAAGACCAUAUGCCGAUUGAUACGUAACUACGAAAUAUUUAACGCUUUACACAAUAAAGUAUUUUAAGGGUAUUUCUCUUCCGUACAUUCCUAGUUAAUUUGAAUAUAGGUUCUUUAAACUAUAGGUUAUUUAAAUUGGCAUUGCAGAUUAAAUCUAACUCACUGUUGUUUCAAGAAUAGAAUUUACAAUAUUUUAAGCUAAAUUUUUAUGACAAAAUUAUAAAGAAUAAAAAUAAAGAAAU